GGAGCGGGCUCUGUUCGCCGGCGGAAUUCAUGAUUGUGUGAUUAUAUGAGAAAGUUAACUUGGCUCCCGUGCGGGGCGCGUGGGGGGACAUCGUAAGAGCACGGGCUCCUCAGCGAUGGGCUCGUGAUAGAGCGCCUGCCAGAUGCGUGUCGAACGGUGAACGAGCGGUGUGUGAACAUGUUACUGUUGUAACAUGUUGUUGUUGUGAGUGUGACAUGUCCCGCUUCGGCGCUACGGUACAGUGAAGGAAGGAGGAACACACUAGCCGCUAUUAAAAACAGCAGCCGGGCCAGUGAUGGAAGAGAAAGGAGCGGGGGAACGCGAGCCUGUGGACCUCCGGUGUGCCGAGCAGGCUGAGCUGCUCUCAUUAAUAAUAAGCGGAGAGGAGGAAGCGACGCAAGAGGAGAGUGACUUGGGAGAAGAGGACGGUAUAGUCAACGGCCAUGGUGAGCAGGAAUCAGGGGCCAGCACGGUCACACCUGUCCGAUCUCCAGGCACCAGCUACUGGAACAUCACAGAGGGCCCCGACCACCCGCUCCUCCUCUCCCCUGCCCCCGGACCCUCCGGACGAAAACCCAGGGUCCAGAGGGCCUCACGUCCCGGCCUUAGCCGGAUCCCGGGUCGAGACCACCGCCGCUACUACCACGAGUACUGGCGCAGCGAGUACCUGAUGGACUUUGACCCCCAGCGGCACGGGAUGAUUUGCAUGGUGUGCGGCAGCUCGCUGGCCACCCUGAAGCUCAGCACCAUAAAGAGGCACAUCAGACAAAAGCACCCAGACUCCCUGCUGUGGAGUGCUGCCGACAAGGAGGUGAUCCGCUCGGGCUGGGAGAGCCAUCUGAGCCUGGGGGGAGGUCAUAGGUCAUACAGCUCUGCUGCCGGACCUUCACCUCAGGAAGAAGAGGAGCAGCUGGACUCAGGUCAACAUGCUGCUGCAGAACUCCAAGACCCUGUGACACCCCAGGAGCAGCCACAACAACCCCUCAGUCUGUCACCCCGGUCUGAGGAGGUCGAAGCCCCACAGGCCCAGCAGGAGGAGGAGGAGGAGCAGGAUCUCCCCGGACCAUCAGCUCGGACCCUGGAACGCUACCUGAACGAUUCGCUGCACGCCUGGUUCCGCCAGGAGUUCCUGAUGGAGUACGAGGCGGAGGCCGGCCGGCUGCUGUGCAUGGUGUGCGGAGGAGAACUGCCCUCGCUUCACCUGGACCACAUCAAGAGCCACGUGCUGGACACCCACCCCAACUCCUUAGUCUACAGCUCAGAGGAGAAGCACUGCAUCCUGCAGGCCUGGGCUCAGUCUCAUGAAGAGUCAGAAAACUCAAUCCAAUCAGAGCCCAGCACCAAAGAAGGCGGGGUGGACCUCUUUGCUCAGGAUGUGGAGGCCAUCCACAUUAAGACUGACUUAUACCCAGAAAGUGAUGGCACUUUAUCUCAGGACACUUGUCUUAUCGGCGAGGACGGCGGCGUGGGAGUUCCGCAGCAGGGAUCCCAGCCCCUCCGCCAGCCCAGGAAGAGGCGGCUGCGUGGGGGCGACCCGUGGCGGCUCCGCCUCGACUACCUGGUGGCCUACGGGCCUCAGGGCCAGGACACGUUCUGCAUGGUGUGUUCCCAGGUCCUGCACGAAACCAAGGUCAGCAGCUUCCGCCGCCACAUCCAGGAAUGUCACCCGGAGACCACCACCUUGAGCCGACAAGAAAGGGAAGCCAUGGCUGCUGCCUGGACCAAAGAUUAUUCUAGUGACGGCAUGCAAAUUCAAGAUGCAGAAAUCAACCCUAGUGAAGCUACUACAGGAGAGACGAACGAGGACGCCUCCCCUGACGUCAGAACACCCGGUAAAAUGGUGAAGAAAGAGGAGGGGGGCGUGAGCGGACGGAAGGGCAAAGGCGUACGAGAAAGCAGCUCCGCGGCCGCACCUUCGCGUCACGGCCACUACCCCGGGAAGGACCAGAGGAGGAACUACCAGGUGCGCUGGCGGAUGGACUACCUGAUGGACUACGACUGCAGGAGACACGGGCUGAUCUGCAUCGUAUGCGGAGCCACUCUGGCCACGCUGAAGGUCAGCACCAUCAAGAGGCACAUUCAGCAGGUGCACCCCCACUCCCUGGACUACAGCCCGGAGGAGAAGCAGCAGGCUCUGCUGAGCUACAACCAGACGGCCCUGCACUUCAUCCACUCUGACGACUGCUUCUCCUCCCAGGACCACGGACACACUGAGCAGAAUCCCAGUCCAGCACACUUUGGCACUUAGUAAGGGCUUCCAUCUGUUGCUCCUCACAUGGCCCGGGUUCAGAAACAGCCCUCCACUUUCUUUUUUAAAGGGAAAUUCAGGUCAAACGUGGUCUUACUUUUCCAAUUCCUGCUCCUCGCCCCUCCUUGACUCCCCAAAUCUCUACAAUCAGGUGCUGAGUAAAAUGUCGCCAGUCGUCAUGAUGGAGAGAAAUAAAUAUGAGAGUAAGACACUGGAAUUUCCCUUUAAAAUCAAAAUCUGAGCGCUGUGGAUAAAGUGGCAGGAAGCAACUGCUGCAAAGGAAAUGACCUAAAAAAAUGUCACGGCCUAAAAGAAAAAAUAAAUAAAAAAAAAAAAAGUCCAGCCACUUAUUUGAAACUAAAGCCUUAUUUGCACAGGGGGGGAAAUGAUUACUCACAUCAGGUGCCAUUAAAAGACACCAUACCAC